CCCGCAGUCUCUCAUCUUUCUGAGGAAUCAGUCUGCUUAAACUUCCUUGUUUUUUCGGAACAUUAAUCUGACUGAUUUGCCGGACUUUCUCCAGUUUGUCGCUUUGAGGAGAAACAUUCAGGACAGAUGGACAACUCUCCAGAAGAAGCUCCCCUGGCCAGAGGAAGUCUGGCCGGCAGUGAAGAAGCCCUGGUUCUCCCUGCAGCACCCACCAGGACCUCCAACAGUCGGGCUUUAAAGAUUGCUGCCCUGACCACCCUGGCAUGUCUCCUGCUGGCCAGUCAGGUCUUCACCGCCUACAUGGUGUUCAGCCAGAAAGAGCAGAUCCACACACUGCAGAAGUCCUCUGAGAAAAUGGGAAGACAACUGACCCGCUCAUCCAAUGUUGCGUCUCCGAUGAAACUGAACAUGCCCAUGAAAAGCCUCCCUCUGAUGAUGAACUACAUCUCGGAUGAUGCACCCAAGACGCCCUUGACUAAGCUGCAGGACGCUGUAGUCAGUGUGGAGAAACAGGUGAAAGAGCUCAUGCAGGACUCUCCACUGCCUCAGUUUAAUGAGACCUUCCUGACCAACCUGCACGGCUUGAAGAAGCAGAUGAAUGAGAGCGAGUGGACGAGCUUCGAGUCUUGGAUGCGUUAUUGGUUGAUCUUCCAGAUGGCCCAGCAGAAGCCUGUUGCUCCAACUGCUCAGACAGCGCCUUUGAUCAGUACCAAAUGCCAGUUGGAGUCAGCAGGUAAGACCAGCAAGCUUGGUGACUUCCGUCCCCAGUGUGACGAGCAGGGCAAAUACAAGCCCAUGCAGUGCUGGUUUGCCACUGGCUACUGCUGGUGUGUGGAUGACUCUGGCAGAGCCAUCGAGGGCACCACAGUGAGAGGCCGUGCCGACUGUCAGAAAGGCUAUGCUCCUCGUCGAGCCAUGAUGUCACCUCUGCUGAUGCAGAAGACCAUCAGCGUAGAUGAUGAGUGAAACAGCUGAAGCAACAUGCUUUCAUCAAGCAAUCUCUGCAGACAUGAGAAUAAGUUCUCUUACGCUGGAUGCUGACCAAUUAGCUGUAAUUGUUUUGUCAUGAUCAGUUAUUAAUCCAUGUAACUGCUUGAUUUUAAACCUUUUUGCUGGCUUUAAGGAAUCAAAUCAAUAGAGGACUGUUACAGUGUAUCGCUAAUCUUUUUUUUUUUCACAUAUAACUGAGUAGAUUUUGGGUGUUGUCAUUGACAUUGUAAUCAGAAAAAAACAUAUAAUCAAGCUAAUGUUAAAAUGUGUGAGACACACAUCAUUGGGGUUUGUUUUUCAGCUUUUUUUUAGUAGCACAAAAACUCACAGAGAUGUUCAGGGUUAGUCAGAGUAAUGGGUGCAGCUUUCUUGAAACAGAUUUAGCUGUUUCAUUUUUUUUAGAUAUAGUGAUUGUUGUGAUUUUGAACCACAGACUAAAACCUAAUUUAAGGUAAAAUAUUUCUUUUUUUAAUUUCUGUGAAUCAGCCUUUUAAAGUGAAUAUACGAGGAAAAUACUUUUGAUGAAUAGAAGAUCCAGACAGUUUACUUUAAAUAAAAAUCUUCAUAACUUCAAUAAACGAGUUCCAAAAGGA